CUAGUUUAGGCGCAUCCAUCACGGGCGAGGAGAGUAGACAAAAAAUCAGAUGAAGAAUCUGAUUCAGUUUAAAAAGUAACCGGAAGUUAACAAACACGCCAAGCUUCCAUUACCUCUCUCCCUUCUUCCUUUUCCAUUUCUUACUCCCAACUGUCCAUAACCUAUCCCCAACCAGAAUCUUCUCUCUGCAGCUUCUUACGGAUAAUUUUGGAUUCAAUUUGCUACGGAUCCGAUCAUUUUUUCAUCCAUGAGCUCGGGUUCCUCACCGUGCAGAGGAGGGGAUUCGGGGCCCCCUUCCAAGGGAUCCUCCGCCUCUGAUAAGCAGAAAGAGAAGGCUAGGGUCAGCAGGACUUCUCUCAUACUCUGGCACGCUCAUCAAAACGACGCCGCCGCCGUCCGCAAGCUCCUCGAGGAAGAUCGCUCCCUUGUUCAAGCUAGGGACUAUGAUAUGCGCACUUCCCUCCAUGUCGCCUCUCUCCAUGGCUGGAUCGAUGUUGCAAAGUGCUUGCUCGAAUACGGCGCCGAUGUCAACGCCCAAGAUCGCUGGAAGAAUACGCCGCUUGCUGAUGCUGAAGGAGCCAAGAAACACGCCAUGAUUGAGUUGUUGAAAUCAUAUGGUGGCUUAUCUUUUGGGCAAAAUGGAAGCCAUUUUGAACCAAAGCCUGUUCCGCCCCCUCUUCCAAACAAGUGUGACUGGGAAAUUGACCCUUCUGAACUUGAUUUCUCGAACUCAAAUAUUAUUGGGAAGGGGUCUUUUGGUGAAAUUUUAAAAGCAUAUUGGCGAGGAACUCCAGUCGCCAUCAAACGGAUACUUCCAUCUUUGUCAGAUGAUAGAUUGGUGAUUCAGGACUUCAGGCAUGAGGUUAAUUUGCUAGUGAAGCUUCGCCACCCUAAUAUAGUCCAAUUUCUGGGAGCUGUAACUGAGAAGAAGCCCCUUAUGCUAAUUACAGAAUACUUACGAGGGGGUGAUCUUCAUCAGUAUCUGAAGGAAAAAGGUGCACUUGGCCCAUCAACAGCCAUCAACUUUGCAUUGGAUAUUGCAAGAGGUAUGGCAUAUCUUCAUAAUGAACCCAAUGUCAUUAUUCACAGAGACCUUAAGCCGGGAGAAUCAAAAGUUGGUGUUGUCCUCACAGUCAAGUGUUGGGAUGCUGACAUGAAUCAAAGACCUUCAUUCCUGGAUAUUCUGAAGAGGCUUGAAAAGAUCAAGGAAAAUCUUCCGGGAGAUCACCCCUGGAACAUAUUCACUACAUGAUAAUGAAAAGAAAUGAAGACAAAUGCCGUGUGUGCUCUCUUUGCUUGUCAUAUCAUGAACUCACAAUUGUGCAGAUAUUGUGGAUAGAGCCAACUGAUUAAAGCUUGUGAAAGUAAUGGCUAUUAUUUGAUUUCACUCUACUUUAUUCAUCUUGUCAGUAUGAAGAGAGUAGGUAAACCUGUAGUUUAUUCGUCCUCUACAUUUCUGUUUUCUUCAUCUUAGAGCAAUGAGUUUCAUUCACAUUGACUUGUAUAAAAAUGUCUCAUUGUUUGAAGAAAAUUUGUCUAUGAACUUUAUUUUUUUUUAAGAUCAAAUGUUUGAUAGAGUAAGCAUUGACAAUAAAUAGAUUCGGAUUUGUCUUUUUCUCA